AUGAACACAUUUCAAUUCCAACAAAGACUGAGACAAGCAUUAAACACUUCAAAACCAGCAAAGGGAAUUGCCGGCCGUGAACCAGUGGAAGCAGCUGCUAAAAAACAGUUUUAUGCAGCAGAAAAAUACAGCAGUGUAUACCAAGUAACUGGAAACAGUUUGAAUGAUGUAGAAAAGGAAGAUUUAGAUGCUGGGACACGUGCCAAUACAUUGAAACCCGAAACAGUUGUUGAGAACCACCAAAGUGCAGCCUAA